CCCCACGCCUAUUGGGUAAUCCUGAGCAUCAGCCCAUUGCCAGGUGUGGGCACUGGAGGUGGGUCGGGGCUGCCAGGCUCCCGGGAGGAUUGCAGUCAGCAGAGGAGGGCGGAGGACUGGGGCUGGGAGUGGAGCCGGCACAUCAGGAGGCAGCAUGUCCGAGAAAGGGGGUGGAAGUGCGGUGAAGGACCCAGGAGCAGAGCCCACACUGGGGACGGACCCCUUUGAGGACACGCUGCGGCGACUGCGGGAGGCCUUCCACUCGGGGUGCACUCGGCCGGCCGAGUUCCGGGCUGAGCAGCUCCAGGCUCUCGGCCGCUUCCUUCAAGAAAACAAGCAGCUUCUGCACGACGCGCUGGCCCAGGACCUGCACAAGUCAGCCUUCGAUUCAGACAUAUCUGAGCUCAUCAUUUGCCAGAAUGAGAUCAACCUCGCUCUCCAGAACCUGCAGGCCUGGAUGAAGGACGAGCCAGGGUCCACAAACUGGUUUACAAAGCUGGAUUCAGCCUUCAUCCGGAAGGAACCCUUUGGCCUGGUCCUCAUCAUUGCACCCUGGAACUACCCCGUGAACCUGACCCUGGUGCCCCUGGUGGGCGCCCUCGCCGCAGGAAACUGCGUGGUGCUGAAACCGUCAGAAAUCAGCCGGGGCACCGAGAAGGUCUUGGCUGAGGUGCUGCCGAAGUACCUGGACCAGCGCUGCUUUGCCAUGGUGCUGGGCGGGCCCGAGGAGACGGGGCAGCUGCUGGAGCACAAGUUUGACUACAUCUUCUUCACGGGGAGCCCUCGCGUGGGCAAGAUUGUCAUGACCGCCGCCACCAAGCACCUGACGCCCGUCACCCUGGAGCUCGGGGGCAAGAACCCCUGCUAUGUGGACGACGACUGUGACCCCCAGAUCGUGGCCAACCGCGUGGCCUGGUUCCGCUACUUCAACGCCGGCCAGACCUGCGUGGCCCCUGACUACCUCCUGUGCAGCCCUGAGAUGCAGGAGAGGCUGCUGCCCGCCCUGCAGAGCACCAUCACCCGUUUCUACGGCGACGACCCCCAGAGCUCCCCAAACCUGGGCCGCAUCAUCAACCAGAAACACUUCCAGCGGCUGCGGGCGCUGCUGGGCUGCGGCCGCGUGGCCAUCGGGGGCCAGAGCGAUGAGCGCGAUCGUUACAUCGCCCCCACGGUGCUGGUGGAUGUGCAGGAGACGGAGCCGGUGAUGCAGGAGGAGAUCUUCGGGCCCAUCCUGCCCAUCAUGAACGUGCGGGGCCUGGACGAGGCCAUCGAGUUCAUCAACCGGCGGGAGAAGCCCCUGGCCCUGUACGCCUUCUCCAACAGCAGCCAGGUUGUGAACCAGAUGUUGGAGCAGACCAGCAGUGGCAGCUUUGUAGGCAAUGACGGUUUCAUCCACAUGACUCUGUCGUCCCUGCCCUUCGGGGGCGUCGGCCACAGCGGGAUGGGCCGGUACCACGGCAAGUUCACCUUCGACACCUUCUCCCACCACCGCGCCUGCCUGCUCUGCCCCGCCGGCCUGGAGAAGUUGAACAACAUCCGCUACCCGCCCUAUUCCGACAGGGUGCAGCAGCUGGUCCACUGGGUCCUGGGCUCCCAGAGCUGCACCAUCCUGUGAGCACCCCGCCCGCCUCCGACGGGUUGCACAGAGAAACCUGAGUCUAGUCCUGAGGGGCUCUGUGCCCCCCCCAACUCACAUUGUUACUCCAGACCGCGGGCGUCCCCAGCUGUCACAUGACGGCAUCCUGGCUGCCAGGGUUGAAAGCAAGGUCUUUCGGGAGAGGCCAAGACGCCGCAAAACGUGCCAAGUGUCCCCCCACUCACCCACCCUCCCCAGUUCCAGCCCUUUGCUCUCUCAGUCACGGUUGGCCAGGCCCAGUCCUGGGACAGCAUUACCCUGGGAAAGACAGUGCCCUGCCUUCUUAGGGGCAGCAGCACUGAAGGGUUCAGAGCGUGGAGCUCUCUCCUCUAGGCACGCACGGUCCACCUCUGCCCCAUCCCCGCCGCACCGGCACUGCCUCCCCCAGGGGCCCUCUCACGUCUCCCAGUGGUCUCUGCACCCCCCUCUGGCUCACACCGCACCCCGCGCUCACCAGCAGCAGCUGCGUCCACUGGGAAAGCUGGGGUCUGCCUCACUCCACUGCGCAGCGUUACUGGGGCCUAUGGCAAGUCCCUCGACUUCUCUGAGCCUCGGUUUCCUUAUGUGAAAGUUGCUGGAACCAAAAUGGAGUCACUUAUGUCAAAUGCUAACAAAAUGGAGUCGGGGAGGUCACAGAGAAGCCCUCACACACACAUGCCCGUAACAGGAUUUUUCACAAGACACUCCUGCACUUAGACUAGACACAGGGCAUACCGAGAACACGUCCUCAAGCCUGUAGCAUUCCUGGUGAGCCGCAGGCGCUUGCCUAGCACGGCUGUCUCCACUGCCAACUCCCGCAAUCAGCUUGUGACCUGUGAACCUUGUUUCAAAGCCACUUACAUGGACUUCUGUCUUUAAAAGCUUUCCCGUGGCCAUGGCCCCCAGUAUAUGGCUGGGAUCCGUCCUCACACUCCUAACCCGGUUGCAAUCCUCUGGUCUUCCCAAAUAAACUCAUCUGUUCUGGAGA